AACGAAUCCUACCAUCUUACGCAUGAACUCACAUUCCAGCUGAACUUUAUCAUCCAAAGAUCAGGAUUACAUUUUACAGGGCGAUGGCAGGACAGAGGCAGGGCUGCUGGAGUUUGAAGCUCCUGGUCAUCCUCAGCCUCCUCAGCCUCACUGAAGAGUUCGAGGUGAGAGAUGAUGAGUGGGAGGAACUCGGCUCUGACAUCGCUGCACUGCAUCAACUCCAAGGACUGUCUGAACAUAUGUUUGAUGAAAAGCUUAUGAACUCCUCAACAACCAGGGGAAAUGGCUACCACCUGUCAAGAUUUGGAAGAUCUGUAAAAAGGCUGGACACUGAGCCACUAACUUUGCUGGAUGGAUUUCAGGACUGUGCAAACUUCCCAGCUUGUGUCAUUACAAAGGAGAAGGACUUUAAUGCCUUCUUGGCACAUAUCGACAAACAGAAGGUACAAGACUGGCUGCUGGGUGCUUCAGAGAUCUCCCACAGCUACAGCCAAAAACUUCUGAUCAUGACCGACAGAGAAAAAUCCACCAGUGACAGAGUCCAGCAGGAAUACAGCAAGGAUCCUCAUUACUCCGUGAAAGUCACCAAGGACUGCCUGUUCAACGACACCUGUGUACCAGCAGCAGACAGAUACACUGUAGUGAAAAUAUUUGGAAGUGUUUCAGAAGAUGGACAAACUGUGUCUGGACUUGAUGGAUCUUCACUUGCAAAGCUGAUGUUGAAACCAUCUCUGGAAGCGGCUCCAGUUUUCUCUCUCGAUGGAAACACAACCACACAGUUCCACCAGAACUUCAUUCGGGUUUUUAUGCUCCGCGGCCUCCAAACAGUCUUAGAAACCAACCAGAACAAUCAGCAGAUUUACCAGGUGAUGGAUCGACCUGACUCAGUUUCCAGCUACAAAAUCCCACAAAGACCAGCUGAUCACACCACACAGUAUGACCACCAGCAGAUCAUAAUGAUGGAAAAUGAUCCUGUGGUCAGAAGAGCUGCUGAAUAUUUGUAUGACAAACAUCCAGCAGUUAGUUCUGUCUAUGUUCUUGAUGAAAACCAAAGACCCAAACUGAUCCACGGUGGACCAGUGUCUCUGUCAGAGGACAGCAGACUGGUGCUGGUAGGUCAUGGUAAAAGAGACAACGCAAGAGAAAUGAGACUGUCAGGAUACAGUUCAGGAGAUGUGGCAAAAAUCAUUGAAAGGACAAACAGAGGCAGCGAUAAAAUUAAAACAACGAGUGUGGUGGCCUGUGAGGUCGGAUCAGACCAACGAUUCAUAGAAACUCUGCUGAGGGACCUCCAUAAAAAGAACAUCAAGACAGAGCUUCAUGUGAGGGACGCUCUCGUCCAAGUCACACACACAGGAAGGAAAAUCACUCAGGAAAUCUCUCCAGAGGGGCUGCAAUGGAGACAUAAAGACAACAGCAAGAAAAUGGUAGCAACCCUUGAUAGAAACGGAGAUGUAAUAAUGAGAAAUGAGCCUGGAAGUAAAGGAGAGGCUGUUUUUACCAAUGAAAGAAACUUUCUGGGUGGAGCAAAAAACAGGAGAAACAAAAAACCAGAACAAAAUUUUAUAAGAGAAGACAGCUGGCCAGAUGAACCGAAGAGAUUUGUUAACCCAGAAGUUUUCCCGAACAUUGACCAAAAUAAAGUUAACGAGAUGAAAUCUGCCAUUGAUGAACUCGAGGCUCUGUCUUGGGGAAUCUUUCACUCAGAUCAACCAGCACCAAAGAAAAUCAGUGUCAACAACCAACAAAUAGAAGAAUAUGUAAUAGGAAAAAGAAGACAAAGGACUGUAAACGGGAGAACUGAAAAUUAUAUAGACUGGCUAAAUAAUUAUGGUGAAAAAAUACAAGUCCUUAAUGAAUGUUAUCAGAUUAAUUCAGGGAAAGACAUUAAAAAUAUAAUUCAUCACUUUGCAAAGAAUGGAGAAACAAGGACAACAUACCUGAAGAUCAAUAAGUGGAUAUAUGAAGUUGAGCAUAAAAAACUGUACGUGUUCCUGGUUGGAAAAUGGCUUGACAACAAUCAAAGAGACGCAAACGUAAUUGAUGAGAUUAAGAGAUGUAUUAAUGCACAGGUGGGCAGAGAAAGUUACACACACAUGAGAAACAACAUUUUAACAAACAAUAGAAAUAGCCAAAACCAACAAAAACAAAUCUAUGCUAAAUAUGUGGGAAAUAUUUUUCGUGGAGAGCACGCACAUGUCAACCAAGGACUAUCCACUGAGGCCUGGUUCACAACAUAUUUCACUGCAUCAGUUAUAAGUGAAUCUGUGAGAAAUUUCCGAACAUUCCCUCUGACACUUAUGGCCUUGGAUAUGGCUUUAAAUCAAUAUGACUCAGCUGGCCUGGAUUUCUUCUUUGACAAUCACCCAAUGGCAAGAGGAGGAAGCUGGGUUGACCCAGAAAAACGGGGAUUCACUAACUCAAGAGAAGAGUUCUUAAAAUUGGAAUAUGACCUGUUUGAUAAGUGGAAUAAAAAUGGUAAUGUAGAUGAAUGGAUUGAUAUGAUAGCAACUGAUUACAAAAUAUUUACAGAAAACGCAAACACAAAAGAUUUAUUUUUAGCUGAUUACAAGAAUUACAAAGAAAAUUUUGAGCAAUCUCCCAGCAUCGUAGAAACAUCUGGAGAUAUUAUGAAACCUUCCACAUCUGGAACACUGGGAGGAUACGAUGAUGGCUACGUCACAAUGCGUGACUUGAAUUCAGCCUCAGAAUUCGAGAAUACCUUCAAACAUGAAUCCUAUUUCUCUAGAACAUCUGCAUCGUUAACUGAAGAGGUCCAUGCUGCACUAAUGGCAAGAUAUGGUAAAAAUCUGGCAAGAAUGCGUCUUCAGGAGGGAUCGGCCCGAAUGGAAAACGGACAGUUUGUAUGUGAGCUCGUGUCAGAGAGAGCUGGUGCUGAGCCCGAGGAGUUCAGGGUCGAUUUAUCUCCACAGAGUCAACAUUACAGUGAAAAGAUGUGGAAGAACAUUGAGACAUCAGUGCAUGAGAUGGAGCAGCACAGUUCAGCAGCCUCCCAUCAGGUCAACAAACAUGUAGAGAGGACUGGAACUGCUGUUGGAGCUUUGGGCCUGAUGCUGGGACUGAAAGGAGCUGCUCGUGCCUUUGAAGAGGGAAACAUCAAAGAUGGUGUGACGGGGUCUUUGCAGACGGCUCAUGGAGUGACGGCUAUGACAACAUCUGCUAUUGCAAGCAAAGCUCUGACUUCAAACACAAGAAUCGCAAAAGCUGCAGCAACAAUCAUGAGGAGCCCUGCAAUGAAGCGUGCUAUGACAGUUAUACCAAUAGUGGGAAUUGGAUUUGGGAUCUACAGUGUGGCAGAAGAUUUUAGAAGAGGAGAUGCUCUGGGAUACAUUGAUGCUGCAUUAGAUAUUACCAUGACUGUGUUAGAUGUUGUUGAGCUUGCUCAGCCUGAACUGGCACCUUUCAUCGCACCUAUAAAUCUGGCUCUAUCAGUAGAGCGGAUGGCCAUUGAUGAUGUUUAUAUGGGCAUCCAGAAUGAACUGAAGAGCCUCCCAGCGGACGCUGGAGUUUUGGACAAAAUAGCUGCUGUUUUUGUUGGCUUGGGAAAAGGGAUCAUGCACUUUGCUAUACAUGUGGCUAGUGUGUUUUAUGACUGGCGUUAUGCUGAAAUUGAGGAGGGACGAAGACUUGUUGCAAAGAUCUCAGAUUAUCACCAAUAUUAUAAAGUCACAAAGCAACAGGAUGGAACGACAGCCAUUGAUUUUGCUGCUGGCGCCUCCUCCUGGAAUGGAGGAGGUAUUAACUUCUGCCUCGCUGAUGAGGGUCAGUCUGAGCUCUGCAUGGACUAUUUUGUUUCUCGUGAUGGGAGUCCAAGAAGACAAUGCUGGAGCAUUAACACAGAUGGAAGCAAAGAUAUAAUUCUUGGUCUGGGAGAGUCACAUGGAUUAGAGCACGCGACAUAUGAAAGAAAAAUACUCAUGUUCAUACCAGCUGGAUCUGUGACAGUGGUUUCAGGUUAUAAAACUCUUACCAAUUCAAGGUACGGGACAUACAGGGGAAACAGAGACUCUAAUCGAUUUUUUGCAGUUCAGAAAUCACAGGACGAACACAUGAUUGAAGUCAUGUUGAGCUACUAUUACAGACUUCAUGGGGAACCAGGGGAUGACACAUUCUUCCUCGGUCCACAGAGAAGUUAUGUCGAAGGCUCAGGAGGAAGGGACACCUACAUCAUUCCUGAGAAUGGAGGGAAAACGAUCAUUAACAACUACGAUCCCUCCAGAGCACAAGACAAUCUGCAUUUCAGUGUCGACUACAGCCACAUUUCUGUGUCUAAAUCAGGAAACGAUGUUGUGCUGACGUAUGAGGGCAGUCAUACUGUAAGAAUACAAAACUGGUUUUUAGGAGAAGAUUAUCGUCACAUGAACAUGAUGUCAGGAGACGGAGUCUUAUUUGAGAUUUCCUCCACGGUGGUUUCUUCAGUUCAGCUGGUGGCCAGAGGAAUUAACAAGAUGUUCGAGGCACGCGGUGCAGUUGUUGAUGCAUCACAGCCACUUUUACGCACAGUUACAAACAUCUUUGGGUCUCAGUAUGAUGAUAAACUCAUUGGAAAUGGAGAAAGGAACCUGAUAGAUGGGGGAGGAGGGCGAGAUCGUCUGAUUGGUGCUGAAGGAGAUGACAUUUACAUGGUGAAAGGCAGAAAACGUUCCUCUGUGCUCAUUGAAAAUUACUCCAGAGACGAGAAAACUGACCUGGCCAUCAUAGAAGCAAAUCUUCAUACGUUUGGAGUCAGGGUAGAAUGUGAUGAUGUUCAUCUGGUGGCUCAACAUGGCAGCACUCUUCUUCGUGUUACUGUAGUGAACUGGUUCAGGUCAUCAGCACACAGACACUUGCUGUUCAUCACAAAGGAUCUGAUCACCUUCACAGUGUCAGAUAACAAAGCUGACUGCCUGCAGAGGAACAUCUUCACCACAUGUAUAAAGAGCCUCAGCAUUGACUACAGCAGCUCCCUGUCUCCUCUGGAGGUGGACCUUGAGAAGGAUGAGGCUUUGGACAGCGUGACAGAGAUCCGCGGGUCAAACUAUAGUGAUGUCAUCAAAGGAAACAAAGAACACAACGUUCUUGUCCCUGGAUUAGGAGAUGAUUUCAUUGAGGGGAGAGGAGGAGAGGACUGGUACGUUAUCACAGCAGGACAAGGAGUGAAAACCAUCAACAAUCUAUCACCAGAUCUAACCUUGGACCUGCUCUUCCUUAAAGAACAAUAUCAGGAUAUAACAUGUAGAUGUGAAGGUCAGAGCAUCAUCGUUCAGGUACAGGGCAGAAGGACUGUUAUUUUACAGAACUGGUUUAAAUCAAAGAAUUAUCAGCACCUGCAGAUCAAGACCAGUGAUGGAGUAACAGCUGGACUGAAGCCCAGCAUCAGCAGCUGUGGACAGGAUUUAAUGCUGCCUUUAACCAUCGACUACAGAAACCAGAGAUGUGAAACCUGUCUGGGGAAAUGGAUGAAACUCAGUGACUCAGUGAAAGAAAUGUACGGCUCCUCAGGAUUUGACGUCAUGGUUGGAAACAGCAAUGAUAAUUUACUGGAUCCACACACCGGGGGGGCACUGAUGAUAGGAGGGGAAGGCAAAGACACUUACAUAAUCAAACAUGUGGAUGAAAGCAUAAUCAUUGAUAACUUUGCAGAAGAUCAGAAAACUGACACUGUGCUGGUAGAUAUGGAUUUCCUUGAUGGAAGUCAAGUCAUACUGUACUCAACAAGAAAUAAUGUUCAUGUUAGAAUCAUGAAAAAAGAGGAAAUAUUAAAAUUCAUUCUUUUCAAUUACGGUAAUGAUGAAAAAUAUCAGCAUCUAGAAUUUCAGAGCUCUGAUGGCGUCCAUUUCAAACUCAAGUCUCUAAACUCAGCUGGAGACGACUCUUUCUAUCAGGUAGAUGCUUUCAAAGUGACUCUCACACAGUCUCCGGUGGACUGUCGUUUGGACCUCAGCGCUCAGAGAAAUCUGUCAGAGGUUCACACAGUGCAAGGCUGCCCCUCCCAGUCUAAUGUUAUAAUAGGCAACAACCGAGACAACGCUCUGAUUGGUGGGUGGAAGGACGACGCCUUGGAUGGAGGUGAUGGAGAUGACACGCUGGUAGGAGGAAAUGGAGCUGACAUCCUGAUUGGUGGGAGAGGAGACGACACUCUUUAUGGUGAAGAUGGAAAUGACACACUGAUGGGAAACUCUGGCCAGGACGUCUUCCUUCCUGGACCAGGAGCUGAUCUGGUGGACGGAGGUCCAGGCAGAGACUCUGUUCUCUAUCGGGGUGAUCAUGAGAAGGGUGAAGGGGUUUAUGUUAACCUGCUGACGGGCCAAGGCCACCAUGCUGACGCUGAGGGCGACGUGUUGAAGGAUGUGGAAACUGUGAUCGGCACCAUCUAUUCGGACAUCUUAGUGUCUGGUUAUGAAAGUUCUCUUCUCAAAGGCUCAGAUGGUAACGACAUCUUGGUGUCCACUGGUGGAGAUUAUCUGGUUGGAGGUGAUGGAAAUGACAUUUACAUGUUCACUUUCAGCAACGGCUCAGUCACCAUAGACAACUGUGCGACAGACAACGCCACAGAUGUCUUGUAUUUAGCGUCCCAGUCAACGCUGGCAUGUGACUAUCAGGUUUCAUCUGAGAAAGUUAUUCUGACUUUUUAUGGAACCAACCAAGAAGCUAUGAAGAUUUCUCUAAGGGGCUGGAUCAGUGACAACAAUGAGUGUGGGCACCUGAAGCUGGUUCUGAGAGAAACUAAUGUUUCAGUGGAUCAACUGCUCCAAGAAUGUCAGUCACGAUGAGUAAACGGUGCUUUGCUUGUCAGUCAUCUGCUGAAAAAUCUGGUGGUGUUUUAAUAAAAAAAAUGUAAAUCAAUGCAUUUUAGUGUAAAAAUGCUACAAAGUGUUUUACAUGCUAAAGUUUCCUGAAACUGUGCAAAACGACUUAAACAUUUUUGUAUGGUUCUUUAAUUAUGCUAAGCCUGAAAUCAGCCUUCAGAAGACAAAAAGAAGAUGUUGAAAUGGCACAAAUAAAUUGUAAACCUUU